AUGUUCUUUCAGCUAUGCAUUGGAUUUGCUGCUGAGCGCAUCGAACAGGAAAGCAAGUGUCUUCGCAGAAACGUAAAAGACUGUCUUUCCAAGCUGAACAGACAAAAUGCAGUUUCCGGUUCGCGGUUGAUUAAAUGGCUGCAAACAGCUAUUGGCUUCGAUGAUCACUUCAGACUUUGCAAAUUCGCGCACGACGACCGCCAUUCCGAUCAUAUGAAUGAGAUUUUGAGCAGGGGUUUGGAAGAUGAGAGACGGUCAGGCCCUACCAGCAGGCGCUCAUCUUUUAUCCUCGUACGACAUUACAUCGGCCGGCUUGCACACCAUAUACGGGCUAUUAAAGAGCUGCUUCGGGAUACCCAGGACCUGAGUCACCUCCUUGAUAACUACGCUGUCUGUAAGAUUUAUGCACCAUCCGCUGUACCUCCACCCAUUCGCGACUCGCAUACCAACCUUCGGGGAAUUCUGAACCGAAUGUUCAAGAACAAUGAUAGUGAAAGAAAAAUGCUCGACGGUGGUCUUCUCCACUUGGAAAAGGUGGUCGGGAUCUUUAAAGAUUUUCUGCGUCCAUAUGAUGGCUCCUUGCUCGAUGUCCAUGCAGAGGUCCAAGUGUUGGAGUACUUCUACAAGAUGCAAAAGUCAUUCGCGGGUGACGAUCGUUUCAUCGCUUGUACCCGUGUGAUGGUGUCUUCUUCUCACCGCAAAAUUUGGACGAAGUGGAGUCCCCCACAUGUGCAACAAUUUGACAACGAAAAUCCUGCCGCCAGGCAACAAAAGGAUAUCUUGAUUAAGAUGACCCAAGACCUUCGCGAGCAAGUGAUUACCCAUGUUUUGCAACGCUUACCACCAAACCGUUGGCAUCCAGAUUCAAUCACAAACAUCACGAAUAUCCAGCAAUUUGGCAUCAGCUCUGACUCGCUCGAGGUAUCCGGUGCAGAAAGUCCCGAGACUCCCCCAAGUCCAACAGUCCUCCCGACACAGACCUUUCGGAUAAUUUAG